AUGAGUGCAUAUCCAGUGGACCAACCAGUCUAUUUAAUACAACAGCCGCAACAACAAUACCUUUCCUAUCAAGAUAUUCAAACUUUGGAAGAUGAAAUCCAACAAAAAAUAGAUCAAGCGAGAAAUGAAACGAAACAUCUUUAUACUCAAGUAAACAAAAUCAAAUCAAAAAUCCAAGAUGCAGACCUUUUCCAAAUCUCACAACAAAUAGAACCUCUCAUUAAACCACAUAUAAACUUAAAACCAACUUUAACGUUAAGGGGUCAUAACAAUAAAAUUUCACAAUUCAAAUGGAGUUUAAAUUCCAAAUCAAUAUUAAGUUCGAGUCAGGAUGGGUUCAUGUUGAUUUGGGACUCAGCAACAGGGUUAAAGCAAAAUGCUAUCCCCUUAGAUUCACAAUGGGUUCUCUCUUGUGCCAUAUCGCCCUCAGGGAAACUAGUAGCAAGUGGCGGUCUUAAUAAUAAUUGUACAAUAUAUCGUGUUUCCAAAGAAAACAGGGUCCAACAAAACGUUGUCUCGAUCUUCAAGGGUCACACUUGUUAUAUAUCAGAUAUUGAGUUUUGGGAUAAUUCUCACGUUAUUACAAGUAGUGGGGAUAUGACUUGUGCUCUUUGGAAUAUUCCGAAAGCAAAAAGACUUAGAGAAUAUUCUGAUCAUUUAGGCGAUGUACUCGCUUUAGCAAUGCCCUCAAGACAAGGUGCCACUGAAACUGAUGGUGAAUCUAAUGAUAGCAGUAUCUUUGCAAGUUGUGGGUCUGAUGGGUACACGUAUAUUUGGGACACAAGAUCUCCUUCAGCUGUACAGAAAUUCUUUGUAAGUGACAGUGAUGUUACUAGCAUUAAAUUCUUUAAAGAUGGCAAUUCAAUAAUAACAGGGAGUGAUGAUGGGAUAAUUAAUAUGUUUGAUUUAAGAUCGGAUUGUUCUAUUGCUAGCUAUUCUUUACAACAAGGAAUGCAAAAGGAACUGAAGCACCCAACGUAUACAUCUGCUACAAUGGAAUAUUCGAAAUAUUCUCCACAAUCACCAUUUGCUAACUCAAUAACAUCAAGUUAUUUAGAUAAUCAAGGUGUUGUUUCGUUAGAUUUCAGCGGAUCGGGCAGAUUGAUGUAUGCUUGUUACACAGACAUUGGAUGUGUUAUUUGGGAUUUAUUAAAGGGUGAAAUUGUAGGAAAAUUAGACGGUCAUAGUGAUAGGAUAUCUGGUGUAGAAACAAGUCCUGAUGGAUUGGCAGUUUGUACUGCUUCAUGGGAUUCUACAAUGAAGAUCUGGUCUCCAAGGUAUAUGUAA